AUGUUUAUGAUCAAAGUUGAUAACAGUUCCAUGCUUCUGCCCAUAAGGUCUACUUCUCGUUCCGGUACGGAGUUUCAAAGAGGAAACCUGCAUAGCACUCGCCUGAAAUCUUCAGUAACUACAUGUCUCUAUCAAGGUCACGUUUCAAAAGACAAACAAACUGACGUUCACAGUCCAGUGCGAAUCAAGUAUUGCGACAAAGAAGGCCAAAAUGUUCCAGAACUUGCUGGACUAGUUUCCUUGAAUGGAAAAGUCUACACGCUGCACACUAAUGACCAUGAAGAAAAGUCCAGCAGGUCCAGGAGAAAUGCACAGGAAAGGAGCUAUGUGGAAAUCUUUCUGUUCCAUGGCUUUGAUUGGUACGAAAAGUUUGGACCCUCCGAGCAAGAUCUUCUGGAUAAAGAUAUUGAGAUUGUGCACUUCGCCGACUUCUACUUCGCCGGCCUGACAAACAUCAACCUCCAUCUUUCCUUGGUAGGUUUUCACACCUUCACCACUGCCGAGUCGGAUCCAACAGGGAACGAGACGGCAGGUAGUGUUCUGCGCAAUUUCAUAAACUACCACUCGGAAAACCUGAAGGAAUUUCCCACACACGACAACGCUGUUCUUCUCAUAACGCGGGACUUCACAAAAUCUUCGAGCUUUAUCGGACUGACUCAUGUUGGCACACAGUGCAAUAUGUGGGGAUCAGUUAGCUGGGUAAAAGAUAAAAUACGUAGCACUCCCCAUGUAGCUGCUACUCUGGCUCACGAACUGGGUCAUAACUUUGGACUGAACCACAACCCGACUAAUAAUAGUGACCCCUGUUAUUGCACUAACGAAGACUUGUGUCUAUUGCAAACAUACAUAAGUAAUUUGCCACCAAAGAAGUUCUCAAACUGUCAGCAGGCAUCCUUGGAAAAUUUCAUGGAGCACGACAACUCUAUGUGUCUGCACAAUGAGCCCACGAAGCAUAUAGAAAAGGGUUACUGUGGUGACUACAUCGUGAAUGGGGAGGAUGGGGAGGAGUGUGAUUGUGGGAAUGAGGCCACCUGUGAUGACCCUUGCUGCCAUGCCAGCAACUGCAGCCUAGUCACAGAUGCCGCCUGUUCUGCGAUGGAUCUGUGUUGUGACCCCGACACAUGUCAAGUCCGCAGUUCUGACUUCAUCUGUCGGGAAAAGGGCAACGACUGUGAUAUAGCCGAACAGUGUAAUGGGAAAAAUGCCGAGUGUCCGAAUAACGACUACAACAGAGCGGGCUCAGAGUGCACUGCAGAUGGAGCACAAGGACACUGCUAA